AGUUUCAUGGAAGAACGCAAGAUAGUUCCAUUUGAAAAUAUUUCAAGCUUCCGAAGGGAAGAACAUGAUCAGGAUGUUCAAGUUCAAGAUGAAUCAGGUCAGCAAAGCAGCUGCAAGGAAUUCAAUGAAGAUACUGAUCAAAAUGACGAGACAAACGAUUUCUCUCUCGGAUUCAUCAACAGCGACCCGAACGACAACUUUCUAGACGUCGACGGAAACAUGGAAGUCUACUCAAGCUCUCCGAGCUUUGAGGUGGUUGAGGAAAUCAAAGUUAACCAUGGACUUUUCGUCUCAACCCGUCAAGUGGCAGAUACAUUCUUUCACCAACUCGUGCCUUGUCAAACGGUCCAAGUCCACCUAAACCCCGUAUCCUUAUUCGGCAACAACUUCUCGGUAGAGAAAUCGGCUUCUCGAACGAGAUCGGAGAUCAUCAGUGCUGAUGAUUCCAUCUUCGCAAAGUUGAAGGCAUUUGGGACCAAGUCAAUGAAGACAUGGUGGACAAUAGCCAGUGCAUUAAUUUGCACUAUUGCUUUUCUUUUGAUGAAUAUGGUGAAUAUUGAGAAAAUGGAUAUAAAUGGUUUGGCUUCAAGGACUACUUCUAGAGUACUUGAAGGGAAUCAUGAUCAAAAGGGUUGCACUAAUAUUGUUCUUUGUAGGCACAAGGAAGAAAAGGUUUCGGCUGUGAACAUAAGAGGUGUGUUUUUGAAGAAAAUGGGGAUUUUUCUCACCAUUUCAUUUGCUCUUUGUUCCAUGUGGGCAAACCACAAUAUGACUUAUUGCUGAUUCUGUUUAGUUUCCACACCAAUGUGUAUUUUUCAUAUAUUUUUUUUUUAAUGUUUUCAUACAACAUUAGUGUUAAC